UUCCGCCGCGCGUGCGCAAGCACGGCCGCCUCGGCGAGCCCGGGUUGGCUACCCCGGCGGCCUCCUCGGCAGUAAUGGCUUCUCUGAUGUGAUAGCUUCCCCCGCCCCCUCGCGUAGGACGCGGCGGCGGGGCGGCGGUGGAAAGCCCAACUUUAUUGUUCCCCCGGCCCACCUCCCGGCGCGUCCUCAGGAUGCUCGGGGGCUGAGCGCCUGGGGCGGCGGAGGGUCGCGGUCCAUCCGGGCCCUCGCCUCAGAGCGCAGGGCCAAGGGAGGGAGGGAGGGAGGGAGGCACGAUGUCAGGUAGCCGCCAGCCCGGCUCGGGUUCCGCUGGGACGAGCCCCGGUUCCUCGGCGGCCUCUUCGGUGACUUCCGCCUCCUCGUCCUUAUCCUCGUCUCCGUCGCCGCCUUCCGCGGCGACCUCGGUGGCGACGCUGGUCUCUGGCGGGGCGGCUCCGGCCGCGGGCUCGGGCGGCCUCGGUGGCCCGGGACGGCCUGUGCUAGUGGCGGCCGCGGUGUCCGGCAGCGGCAGCGGCAGCGGCAGCGCGAGCACCGGCGGGGCGGUGUCCGCGGGCCUGUCCCGGCUCAGCUGCGCGGCCAGGCCCAGCGCCGGUGUUGGAGGGAGCAGCUCCAGCCUGGGCAGCAGCAGCAGCAGCAGUAGGAAGCGACCUCUGCUCGCCCCGCUCUGCAACGGGAUCCACAAUUCCUACGAGGACAAAAGCAACGACUUCGUCUGCCCCAUCUGCUUUGAUAUGAUUGAAGAAGCAUACAUGACAAAAUGUGGCCACAGCUUUUGCUACAAGUGUAUUCAUCAGAGUUUGGAGGACAAUAAUAAUAGAUGUCCCAAGUGUAAUUAUGUUGUGGACAAUAUUGAUCAUCUCUAUCCUAAUUUCUUGGUGAAUGAGCUCAUUCUCAAACAGAAGCAAAGAUUUGAGGAAAAGAGGUUCAAAUUGGACCACUCAGUGAGUAGCACCAAUGGGCAUAGGUGGCAAAUAUUUCAAGAUUUGCUAGGAACUGAUCAGGAUAACCUUGAUUUGGCCAAUGUCAACCUCAUGUUGGAAUUACUAGUGCAGAAGAAGAAACAACUGGAAGCAGAAUCACAUGCAGCUCAGCUACAGAUCCUUAUGGAAUUCCUCAAGGUUGCAAGGAGAAAUAAGAGAGAGCAAUUGGAACAGAUCCAGAAGGAACUGAGUGUUUUGGAAGAGGAUAUUAAAAGAGUAGAAGAAAUGAGUGGCUUGUACUCCCCUGUCAGUGAAGAUAGCACAGUGCCUCAAUUUGAAGCUCCUUCUCCAUCACACAGUAGUAUUAUUGAUUCUACGGAAUACAGCCAACCUUCAGGUUUCAGUGGGACUUCUCAGACAAAGAAACAGCCUUGGUAUAACAGCACAUUAGCAUCAAGACGAAAGCGACUCACUGCUCAUUUUGAAGACUUAGAGCAGUGUUAUUUUUCUACAAGGAUGUCUCGUAUCUCAGAUGACAGUAGAACUGCAAGCCAGUUAGAUGAAUUUCAAGAAUGCUUGUCCAAGUUUACUCGAUACAACUCAGUAAGACCGUUGGCCACAUUGUCAUAUGCUAGUGAUCUCUAUAAUGGUUCCAGCAUAGUUUCUAGUAUCGAAUUUGACCGGGAUUGUGACUAUUUUGCAAUUGCUGGAGUUACAAAGAAGAUUAAAGUCUAUGAAUAUGGCACCGUCAUCCAGGAUGCAGUGGAUAUUCAUUACCCUGAGAAUGAAAUGACCUGCAAUUCCAAAAUCAGCUGUAUCAGUUGGAGUAGUUACCAUAAGAAUCUGCUAGCUAGCAGUGAUUAUGAAGGCACUGUCAUACUAUGGGAUGGAUUCACAGGACAGAGGUCAAAGGUCUAUCAGGAGCAUGAAAAGAGGUGUUGGAGUGUUGACUUUAAUCUGAUGGAUCCUAAACUUUUGGCUUCAGGUUCUGAUGAUGCAAAAGUGAAGCUGUGGUCUACCAAUUUAGACAAUUCCGUGGCAAGCAUUGAGGCAAAAGCUAAUGUGUGCUGUGUGAAAUUCAGUCCCUCUUCCAGAUACCAUUUGGCUUUCGGCUGUGCAGAUCACUGUGUUCACUACUACGAUCUUCGUAACACUAAACAGCCAAUAAUGGUAUUCAAGGGACAUAGGAAAGCAGUCUCUUAUGCCAAGUUUGUUAGUGGUGAAGAAAUUGUCUCUGCCUCAACAGACAGCCAACUAAAACUGUGGAAUGUGGGGAAACCAUACUGCCUGCGUUCCUUCAAGGGUCAUAUUAAUGAAAAAAACUUUGUAGGACUUGCUUCCAAUGGAGAUUAUAUAGCUUGUGGAAGUGAGAACAACUCCCUCUACUUGUACUAUAAAGGACUUUCUAAGACUUUGUUGACUUUUAAGUUUGAUACAGUCAAGAGUGUUCUGGACAAAGACCGGAAAGAAGAUGACACAAAUGAAUUUGUCAGUGCUGUGUGUUGGCGGGCACUAUCAGAUGGGGAGUCUAAUGUGCUGAUUGCUGCUAACAGCCAGGGUACAAUUAAGGUGCUAGAAUUGGUGUGAAGGGAUUCCUGAAGUCAAACUGUGUUUGAUCCUCCCAAAAACCAUCUGCAGCUGAUGAUGAGAAAGAAAAAAAUGGCAUGUGAUGUCUCUCCAAAGUCAGCCUGGGUUUUGGAUUUGUUCCGAGUACCUUCUUUCCUCCUUUUACACCAUUGAGACAUUGGGAAUACCCAGAGAAUUCUCCACCAUCAGUGUAACCAUGAACUUCGCUGUUGGCAGUGUGGCUAAUUUUUGUGAUAGGGAAACAAAUUCUUUUAAAUAAAAAUAAAUAAAAAAUAAUAAAAGUUUAUUGAGCCACAGCUGAGCUGGGAAUGCAUUUGUCAGGUAUGGUGAGAGUCUUUUGAAGAAGUAGCAAAUGUGGGUUGUAGAGAAUGUACUGCCUGGGGCAGCAGAGAGGCUCAGUGAAUAAGAGCACUGGCUGCUCCUGCAUCGGAUCCAGGUUCAGUUCCCAGCACCUGCUUAGUACUUCACAGCUACCUGUAUCUCCAGUGGGAGAUCUGACAUCCUCUUCUGGCCUCCUGGAGCACCAGGUAUGCAUGUGGUAUACGUACAGACAUCCAGGCUCACACAUUAAAAUGAAAAUAAAUCUUAUUUUAAAAGAAAAAAAAUGUACUGGUGAGUAAUUUUAAAGUUGUAUUUCCCACCCAUUUUGGAAUUGUGCAUAUCAACAUGAACAAAAGAUAAAAUGUGUAGAUUCCUUCCAGUGAGUUUAAUGUUUGCAAUAAAAAAAAGAUUAAGAAUCUUUCUAUAUACCCUGAUGAGAUUAUCAUUAUCAGAUCUUUUGGGUCCCUCCAGAGCUGGUCCAAGAUCUAAGAGUUGGCCUUACUGAGAUCAAGUAAAAAAGGAGGGAUGGUCCUUUCAACCGCUAGUUCUCUUCAGCACCAGUAAGCCUUUGAUAAAGCCAGAUCAGCUUUUCUUUUAACUAGACCUAUCAUAUUGUACUGGCCAAGACUGAUGAGUGACUUGGAGCGAGGUCAGCAGACCUUUUCUGUAAAGGGACAGAUAGGAAAUAUUUUAGGCUUUGCUGGGCAUGUGGUCUCUGUUACAACUGCUGAGCUAGCUCCAGUGGUGCAGCAGAAAAAUAGCCACAGAUCUAUGGACAAAUGAGCAUGGCAGCUCAUUAUCUGCAAGCCCUGACUUAGAAUUAAACUUGUGUGCUCUGGUACCCUCAGCUUCAAAGCCAUGUGACCUCCUAAAUUGUAUAGUUAGUUUAUAAGUCAUUUUCACAUCAGACCAUUGGGUGGAGCAAAAGUAACAUGGAGAACUAGUUAAAGUCUGAAUCCUUUUCACAAGAAUGACCCAAGCAAAAUUCUCACAUUUCAUGAAACACUUGCAGGAAGGUUUGUUAAGUACAGGUAUGCAUGAACAAUACACUCUCUCAGUAGAUCCCUCAGCUAAAGGUCACUGAGACCUAAGUAAGUUUACUUUUUUUUUUCUCUGAAAUUAUUGAAGCCAAGUAUCCCUUGGAAUUUAGAAUCUUUUGAAUAACAGAAAAUUCACAGAACACAUGUAACUAACUAUAUUAAAUAGCAACCCCACCAAAACUAAAUCGUAUUCCAUGGUCCAACACACUUCUGCAGCAAAGCAUGCAUAUUUACAUUGUAUGAGAUUGGUUAAUAAAGAGGUAAAAGAAUCCUACAGUAGUUUAGGUAAGGUUUUAUCUCCAAAUGACUUUUCCUCAAACUUAGGUGAAAGUUAUUAGUUUUCACAGCUUCAAGAGAAAUUGCAUCUUACAUGACUUAUACAAUUUAAAACCUGCUGCAUAUUUGGCCCCAACUCUGAGAGAAGGGCUACUAUCUGGGGGCUAGAGAGAUGGCUCAGUAGUCAAGAGCAUUGCUGCUCCUGUAGAAGACCCAAAUUUGAUUCCUAGAAACAACAGAUCUGCUCACAACCGGUUUUUAAGACCAGGUCCAGGGAAUCUGACAUGGUGCAUAGAUAUACGUGGCGGUGAAACACCCAUACAUAUGACUAAAUCUUUAAAAAUUCAAGUUACCAUCUGUCACCAGUGAAUGUUAAGAUGAAUGAGUGGCAAGUUGUGAAAAUGUAGGGAGAAUAUUCUAACAGAGAUCCUGGUAUUAGGGCUACAUGUCCUGAAAAUCUUUAGAAUAGGAAGUAGUUAAUGCCACCUUGAAUGCUUUUAAAUGAAAGUGAUGUUUUUGUUGUUCAUUUGCAUUGUUUUUACAUGCCCACAUUAUUGUUUACCUCAAGCUCUAUAUAAUAGAGUUGGUCAUGUUAGAUUCUGUUUGGUUAUCAAAAGUACUUGCUUUUUUAAAAAAAUAAAUUAUUUUAAGGUG